AUGCCUUCUGCAACUACGUCGAUCGACGUCCCCAUUGCAGUCGUCGGCCUGGCAUGCCGUUUUCCUGGCGAUGCUAGCUCCCCUUCGAAGUUUUGGGAUAUGCUCAAGAAUGGCAGAGAUGCAUACUCGCCUACCUCAAGCAGAUGGAACUCGGACGCUUUUUACCACCCAUUCAAUGGCAAACUGAAUUCACUCCCUACUAAAGGUGGACACUUCCUCAAAGAAGAUCCUUAUGUCUUCGACGCAUCCUUUUUCAAUAUCACAGCAGCGGAAGCCAUCGCUCUAGACCCUAAGCAGCGGAUGGCUUUGGAAGUGGCAUAUGAAGCAUUCGAGAACGCCAACAUGCCACUUCAACAGGUUUCGGGUACCCAGACAGCCUGUUAUAUGGGAUCUGGCGCAAGUGACUAUCGAGGAGCAGUCGAGCGAGACUUCUUAAACAACCCCAAAUACCAUCUUCUAGGAACUGGUGAUGAGAUGAUCUCGAACCGUAUCUCUCAUUUCUUCAAUAUCCACGGUCCUAGUGCUACAGUUCAAACAGCUUGCUCAUCGAGUCUCAUGGCCACUCAUUUGGCAUGUCAAAGCUUGAAAUCAGGGGAAUCGGAGAUGGCCGUCACCGGUGGCGUUAGCCUGAUGCUCACUCCCGACUUCACGACACAUCUCAACAACCUCACGUUCCUGAAUCCUCAGGGUCGAUCGAAAGCUUUUGACGAGAGUGCCGGCGGAUACGGUCGCGGUGAGGGCUGUGGAAUCAUCAUUUUGAAGCGCUUGGACAAGGCUAUCCAAGAUGGUGACAGCAUUCGGGCCGUGAUUCGUGCGACUGGUGCCAACUCAGAUGGCUUUACACAAGGAAUCACAAUGCCGUCCUUUGAAGCACAGGCAGCACUCAUCAAAUAUGUGUACGAGUCCAACGGACUGGACUACAAUUCGGCUCAAUAUGUUGAGGCACACGGCACUGGUACCAAGGUCGGCGAUCCGAUUGAGACAAGGGCGAUAUACAGCACCAUUGGAAAGGGUUCGUCAAAAUCACGGAAGCUUUACGUAGGAAGUGUCAAACCAAAUAUCGGCCAUCUCGAAUCAGCUGCUGGUGUAUCUGGAAUCAUCAAAGGCAUUCUCGCCAUGGAGCAUAACCUCAUCCCACCAAACGUCCAUUUCACCAAGGGUAACCCGAAUAUUCCUUUCGACGAGUGGAAUGUCGCAGUGCCCUUAAAGCCGACACCUUGGCCUGUUUCCCAGACCAAGCGCAUGAGUGUUAGCGGUUUCGGCAUGGGCGGCACGAAUGGCCAUGCAGUUAUUGAAUCAUUCAAUUCGAGUCGCCUGGCAGAUGUACCCGUAAAGCUUGGGGACUUUACCAAAUUUCAGAAGGCUCGCAACAAGAAACGACUCUUUGUCUUCAGCAGUCACGACCAGGCCGGCUUUAAGCGCAAUGCUGAUGCUUUGGCCCAUCAUAUAGAUGAUCUUGGUUCUGCAUCAUCAAGCUCCGAAUUCCUGGCGAAUUUGGCCCAUACACUUUCAGGAGCCAAGUCCAGUCUGUCAUGGCGGGCAACCUGUCUCACAGAGAACACCACCGAGCUUCGCGAUUACCUAUACACUAAACCAGGCGAUAAUGCUUCCCGAGAAGCCAGCAGUAGGCACACCGCCCCUCGGAUUGGAUUUGUUUUCACGGGCCAAGGUGCUCAGUGGGCUCGUAUGGGUGUGGAAAUGCUCGACCGCCAGGUGUUUAGGGAUUCAGUUGAACAAUCGGCAACUUACCUCCGAGAUAUGGGAUGUCUCUGGGACCCUAUUGCUGAGCUUGAAAAGGCCCAAGUCGACUCUCGCCUAAGCCACCCUGAGAUCAGCCAACCCAUAUGCUCUGUGCUACAGAUCGCCCUGGUCGAUGAACUACAGUCGUGGGGGGUUGUACCAUCCCGAGUAGUCGGCCAUUCCAGUGGUGAGAUCGCCGCAGCAUACAGCAUUGGAGCGCUGAGCCACCGAGAUGCGAUUGCCGCAGCUUAUUUCAGAGGAAUCGCUGCUACUAAGCUUCAAACAGACGCACCAGAUCUCAAGGGUGGGAUGAUGGCUGUUGGCUGUUCGCGAGACGAGGCAGAUGGUGUGAUCGAGCAAUCAAAGCUCAGUGGCACAGCUGUUGUGGCCUGUGUCAACUCGCCUUCUAGCGUCACACUAUCUGGGGACAUGGAUGCCCUUGAGCAGCUCCGAGCUAUAUUCGAUGAGCGCAAGGUUUUUGCUCGACGCUUGAAGGUUGAGAUGGCGUACCACAGCCGGCACAUGAAUCGCGUGUUUGGUAGCUACUCUGCAUCCAUCGCCGACCUUGAGCCCAUAACGCAGGACGACACCGACGAAGAAGGCGACGUAAAAAUCCAGGCAAUGAUAUCUAGCGUUACUGGCCAAGAAGUUGCUCCAGAACUUCUAGGACCAUACUAUUGGGUUCGCAACCUGGUUUCGCCUGUACUUUUUUCCGACGCGGUCAAAGAGCUCGUCAGCCCAGCUGAUCAAGAUGCAAACGACAAUAGUAUCAGCACUGUGGAUUUGCUAAUCGAAGUUGGUCCACACAGCGCUCUUAGCGGGCCUGUGGAGCAGAUAUUGGAUCACUACGGCAUCAAAAAUGUGGGAUACAAGUCAAUGCUCAUCCGAGGACGCAAUGCAUUGGACACUAGCCUUGAACUCGCAUCGGAGUUGUACCUCGAUGGUGUUCCUCUUGAUAUCUCCCAGGUCAAUGGAGAUCUGAAGGUCCGUCGACUAACAGACCUUCCUCCCUAUCAGUGGAACCAUUCAAAGAUCUUUCGCCAUGAGACCCGCAUUCAGAGGGAGCUAAUGACGCGCCAAUUUCCGCCCAGAAGUCUUAUCGGAGCUCAGGUACCGAUGAUGGAUGAGAGCCAGCAUGUCUGGCGCAACUUCCUGAGACUUUCUGACGAGCCUUGGCUUCGAGGUCAUAAGAUUGGCAGUACUGUAUUGUUGCCUGCAGCUGGGUUGGUCAGUAUGGCAAUUGAAGCCGCACGGCAAUUGGUGGAGCCAGGAAAGAAGGCUCGAUCUCUCCGUUUUCGCGAGGUGUGCUUCUCCGCUGCCAUGGCACUUUCUGAAGAUGUGGCUACCGAGGUAAUCUUGCACAUGCGGCCGCAUCUUCUUGCUACUUCAGGAUCCACUCCGUCUUCAUGGUGGGAGUUUACCAUCUCCUCAUGCGUUGGCACCAGCCAGUUGCGCGACAAUUGUCAGGGUCUGGUCACCAUAGACUAUGCGGAUACCACCAGUGAGCAGAUGGCGAAGGAGGACGCCAACUUCGAAGAGUCUAUAAUCUCAGAAUAUCACCGUGUUCACAAGGAGUGCCCAGACACCUAUUCCAAAGAAGAUUUCUAUGGACAAUUCGAAAAGAUUAGUUGGGAAUACGGCGAGGCUUUCCAAGGCGCUGAAAAUGUCCAUCUUGGUGACGGCGAAUCAACAUACGAUGUUAGGCUAGUCGACAUAGGCGAGACUUCUAGUAAAGGCCAGACUGAUCGUCCAUUCCUCAUCCACGCAGGCACGCUCGACUCUAUCCUGCAAGGCUGUCUCGGUAGUACGUACAAGAAUGGGAGGUUCGAGAAGGAUAAGCCCGCCUUGCCUACAUUCAUCGGCGAGAUGGAGAUCUCUCUGGACAUGCCUGGAGACAUCGGAUACGUUAUGCCGGGACUUUGUAAAUCGAAAAGGCAUGGCUUCAAAGAGCUAUCGUCGGACAUCAACACUUUCGACACUAGUCUUUCUAAAGUUGUUCUAUCUGUUGUUGACUUCCGAAUUUCGGAGCUCGAGAAUGACACGGAUGCCCAGGAUACCGAGCAGCUUGAAGUAGAUCCCGCGGAGAUUACAUCUGUCAUUCGUUGGAAAUCUUCUCUUGCGAUUGCAACUCAAGAAGAACUCCAAAAGUUGGUGUUGGCUUCUGCACCCGAAGCUAGGCUUGUUCUUUUGUACAUUCACAACAAUCCUUCAGCGACUGUGAUCGAGCUUACUCCAAACAUUGAGCCACCGAACCAUACAGUUAUGUCAGAGCUGCCUAGCGGAACUAUCCAGUCCAGCCAUGUCCAUUACGCUGCUAUAUGCGCUGAGACUUCACUCGAGGGUAACAGCGCCAAUGCACACUUGAGUGGAAUUCCGUUCUAUCUAGGUGAAUUGGAUGAUCCCAUGCCUGGAGGUGUCACUCCAGCGGAUCUCCUGAUCGUUCCCCAGGCGUUCAGCGAUUGCGAAAACAUGGAAAAACUGUUGGAUCGUUUGGUGACCCUUGGAAAACCGGAUGCGGCCUUGUUACUUGAGCCAAAGAAGGAUUUUGAUCAGCUUACAUCAAUUCUGAAGGCCAAAGAGUUUCAGUGUGUCUUGAAUGUUGAAAAUUCGGUCGCGCUAUUCAAAAGGCAGGUUUCGCAGCCUACCAAUGGCUCGACCAACUGCACUUCAGCCAAAUGCGACUUUACUAUAGUUGAAUCAUUGGCACCUACCCAAGACUCUAAGGCCUUCUCUCAUGCUUUGAGAGCUACCCUUGAAGACCAAGGCUAUACCGCAUCCGUUGCCACUUGGACUGAAAUGAGUGCUUGCACUGAGACAGAGCUCGAAGGCAAAACUCAUAUUUCACUACUGGAACUCGAUAUGCCGAUGCUAUCUUCACUUUCAGAGCCCGACUUCCAUAACUUUCGCAAGUUGGUGCUGAGCAGCAAGCGCCUGUUGUGGGUCAAUGCCGGCGAUGAUCCAUCCAUGGGCGUCAUCGACGGUAUCCGAAGAACUAUGUGGAGUGAGGUAGCGGGCAUCGAUUUCCAAGUCUUGCACCUCAGUGGUUUGAAAGCGGCUUUACAUUUCGGUCCAUCACUCGUUAGUCGUAUUCUCACAACCGAAGCUCAAGACGAUGAGUAUCGGGAACGCAAUGGUAUGCUCGAGGUUGCCCGUAUCUACAACAGUCCCAAAGGCAAUGCGGACGUCCGCCAUUGUCUCGAAGAUUCCGUCCGUGUGCAACGGUUAGCAGACCAGGUCAAACCGUUGACACUGACGAUAGGCAAGCCGGGUCUUUUGGACACACUGACAUUCAUCGAGGACGACCGCACGAAGACUGCACUCGGAGAGAUGGAAAUUGAAGUGGAUAUCAAAGCGACGGGCAUCAACUUCAAAGAUAUCAUGGCAGCCAUGGGACUAGUCGGCGUGUCUGUGAUCGGCCAUGAAGCUAGCGGUAUCGUCACUGCAACCGGUAGCGCUGCAGCCUCACGCUUCAAGCCUGGCGAUCGAGUGACGCUUCUCUGGGAGGGCAUGCAUACGACUAAGAUCCAGAUCGACCAUCGCCUCGCCGUACACAUUCCCGAUUCCAUGUCUUUCGAAGAAGCCGCUGCAUUGCCCAUGGUGCACGUCACUGCUUACCACGCCCUCAUCAACAUUGCCAAACUGCGCCGUGGCCAAUCCAUCCUCAUCCACGCGGCUGCUGGUGGUGUUGGCCAAGCUGCACUGCAACUGGCUGCCUACUUGGGACUGACGGUUUACGUGACCGUUGGAAGUGACGACAAGCGCCGCCUACUGAUGGACAAGUACAACAUACCCGACGCCCACAUCUUCUAUUCCCGCGAUGCCAGCUUCUUGAAGGCUAUCAAGCGUGUGACCGGCGGCCGCGGCGUCGAUUGCGUGCUCAAUUCUCUUUCUGGGGAACUGCUUCGUGUUUCCUGGGCAUGCCUUGCGCCCUUUGGCACGUUUGUUGAGAUUGGGCUGCGCGAUAUCACAAACAACAUGCGUCUUGACAUGCGCCCAUUUAGCCAGAGCACGACCUUUGCCUUUAUCAACAUUGCCAAUUUCUUCUGCGCUGAGGGCCUCGACACGCUGGGCAACAUUAUUUCAGACACCUUUGCUCUCGUCCAUCGAGGUGUUCUGCGCUCAGCCUACCCCUUGACUGUAUACCCUGUUUCGGAGUUGGGGACUGCUUUCCGCACUAUGCAACAGGGUAAGCAUCGUGGUAAGCUUGUGCUCUCGUUCGAAGAGAACGCUCAGGCGCCAGUGCUCUGCAAGUCCAAAGACGCACUUCGACUCAACCCCGAUGCCACGUAUCUUUUCGUUGGCGGUCUGGGCGGCCUUGGUCGUAGUCUGGCGCGGGAGUUCAUAGCCUGUGGAGCACGUCAUAUUGCAUUCGUAUCCCGGUCUGGUAAUGCCGGCGAGAAGGCCAAAGCUACAAUAGACGAUCUCACUGCGCUCGGUGCCGUAGUCAAGGCUUAUCAAGCAGAUAUCACGGACGAGGAUGCUUUCCUCUCUACCAUGCAGCAGUGUGCUGCCGAUCUUCCACCCAUCGCGGGUGUGCUCCAAAUGGCCAUGCUGUUGCGCGAUUCGCUUUUCGAGAAGAUGUCUUACGAAGACUGGACCGGACCCACGCGGCCCAAGAUUCAAGGGACGCUCAAUCUACACCAUUACUUCUCUGACACCCGCCCACUCGACUUUUUCCUCAUUUGCUCUUCUAUCUCCGGCAUUUUCGGCAAUACAGGACAGACCGCGUACGCCGCUGGGAAUACCUUCCAAGAUGCAUUCGCACAACACCGCCGCAACCAAGGUCUUAAGGCCGUUGCGAUUAAUCUAGGCAUCAUGCGCGAUGUCGGCGUCCUGGCCGAGCAGGGUAGCACGGGCAAACUCGCUCUUUGGGAAGCUGCUCUCGGCAUUCGAGAAAAGCCAUUCCAUGCCCUGAUGAAGAGCAUCAUCAACCGUGAGUGCAAGGGAGAGGCAAGUCCUACUCAGAUAUGUACCGGACUCGGGACCGCAGAUGUGAUGAAGAAUUUCGGGUUGGAACUUCCAGAGCAUUUCUCCGACCCGCGAUUCGGCCCGCUCAACGUCUUGAGUAUAGACGCAACUUCUUCCACCAACACAGAUGGUUCCUCUGUUGCAUCAUCGCCUUCUGCACGUCUCACUACUGCAUCCACUUUCCACGAGGCUGUGUCUAUCAUCACGGACGCGCUAGUCCACAAGACGGCGGAAAUCUUGCUCAUGCCUGUUUCCGAAGUGGACCCCAGUCGGCCCAUGUACCGUUAUGGAGUCGAUUCAUUGGUGGCUCUGGAGGUGCGCAAUUGGAUCACGAGGGAGCUGCAGGCAAAUAUGGCGCUGCUGGAGAUUUUGGCCGCAGUGCCUAUGGGUGAAUUUGCAGAGAAGAUCGCGGGGAAGAGUAAGUUGGUGAUGAUGGGAGACGCGGGGAAAUGA